AUAUAUUGACAAAUCAGACACUUCAUGCAGCAGUUCACCUUGUUUGAAUGGUGGAAUAUGCACAACGACCGGAAGCAGUUAUAAUUGUUCCUGUCUGCCUGAAUAUAUUGGAUACAUGUGUCAAGUACAAAUGUCAUGUAAAGAUGGUUGGAAAAGGGAUGCAAACAACUGUUACUACUUCAGUACUACCUCUGCAACUUGGUUUGAUGCCAAGAGAAAGUGUUUAGAGCAAAAUAGUAGGCUUGCAGACGCAACAUCAAUUAGUGAGAUUAAAUUUCUUCAAACAAAUGCGGAAAAGUAUGGAAAAAAUUUCUGGCUUGAUGGAUCAGAUGAGUCUGAAGAAGGUGUUUGGUUCUGGGCAACUAGUGGACAGAAGUUCACCGUUACUGAUUGGCAUAGACGUACUUCAUAUGAACCAAACAAUGAGGAUGAUAACGAGCAUUGUUUGAAUAUUCAUAGAGAUCUUGACUACCAAUGGAAUGAUGCUGGAUGUUCCAACCGUUUUAGGUACAUAUGUGAAAAGCCAUUGAUGUGAUCGUCGCAGCAAAGAAUUCACAGACGACGAUACUUUAACAUAUUUAAACACACUCUGAAAUCAAAUCAUUCUGAACUUACCCUCUGUCUAAGCAUGUCGUAACUCCCAAGUCAAUGUUUUUUUCGCAAAAAGUAACAAAAACAACAGAAUAGGAAAAGUUAGAGUAAAAAGUAAAAAUCCCCAAGAUAUUAUCCUCCGUUGGUGUUCGCAGCAAAAAUCAGACAAAGCGAUAAGCUUUAUUAAAUCUGACAUUUCUUUUUUCAAUAUUUAGCAGGGUCAUCGAUAUAUUAAUAAGAUUCAUAUAAUGAAGAGUGAAAUACUUAGCUUGAAUUUCAUUCUUAACUUCU